UUAAAGAGUAAUAAAAAUAAUUGUGGAGGGCGCUGUAGAUUCUUAUUUUCUGUCUUUGAAGUUCAAUAUUCUCAGAAUUCUGAUUAUUGUAUAGUACGUUUCGAUUGGGAAGAAGUAAAAACCCUCUGCUGUAUAGAGACCUCAUCUUCCCGUUAGCAUCUGGACAUCCAUCUCCUGCCUGAACACUUUACAGUGCACUGGAGUGCAGACAAAUGUCAGUGAGAGACCUGAUGGGAGUCUGACGCAUCCAUUCUAUGCCCAGUAAGAAGGCGUGGAUGUGUCGUGUGUCAUGCCUCACCUCCUCAAUCCUGAAAGGGAAAGGAAAUGGGAAAAUUAAUUUCUACAAUUAUUAACAGGUAAUUUUUAACCUUUCUUUCAUAGCUAUUAUCAUUGACAAGACAUGACCUGAUGUGAUCUCAGAGAGCUGCUGCAAUAGUGGCAUAUCCUCAUUCUGUCUAGUUUCUUAAUUUGGAAGGGAGUACUUUGAGUUUAAAUCCUUACUUUAUAAACAGGAGGUUUGCACAAAUUUUGUGUUCAGGGACAGUUGUGAAAUGUAUUUCCAUAUGCAUUACUGGUGUAUCUUUUUGUACUUUCUCAAAUAAGGCUCUUAAAAUCUCACAAUUUAUAAUGAACAAACACAAAAGUGAUUAGCAAUUAGGUUGCUUACUUUGAUCUGAUUGUGAAUUGCGGUUGUAAUGAAGUCCUCUGACCUUUAGAAACUUGAAUAAAAGUUUGUUUGGAGAUUGGCAGCAGUAGACUUGUGUAGGAACAGUGAUCCACCAGGGCCAUGACUGAGCACAGUUUUCAUGUUGUCAGACCUGUUAUCAAAGAGUGAAGACAAACUUGAUGUUUGCUUCUUUCUCUUUUUACGCUAUGUAUUUAAAAAAAAAAAACCUGUAAAGUGGACAAUGAAUAAAUAAGUCUUCAUAUUAGUAGGAGGCACAAGCUGAACCUGACUGAUCAGGACGAGUGUCUUUGAAGAGUUGAAUUUUGAAUAAUCUGAAAUACAUUUGUGUUAUUCUCUGCUUAACAACACAAUAUGCAGCAGGAGGCUUUUCCACAUCAGAAGAUCUUAACAGUGGUAUUAUUCCAAGCCGGGACACCCUGAGUGCUGAUUUUUCAUAUUCUUUCUGCAUGGUUGUCUUUCUAAUUUAUUCUAUGAGAUCUAAUUUCAUUUUACAGGAAAUGCCAAUAAACUGCAGUUUUUACAAUGCCUACCAUAAUUGUUUAAUGGACUGUUAAAGAAAUAAAUUGCCCCCCUUUUGUUUUAUAGCUUUAGCUAGUAUUUUUUCCAGAUUUUGCAAUGGUUUAAAUGUAUUUUUCCCCAGUAGCUAUCCUGCAAGAAUGUGUACAGUUCAGUGUGAAUUCCUUUAGCCAGGCAAGGCUGAGUAUGCCUAAUAUGUUAUCCCUAGUAUGGUGUUUGUUUUUUUUUUUUUUAUUUAGUUGCACACAGUUCUUUCUUAAAAAUUUUCAAAAAACAAGUACGUCGAGUAACACUAAUGUAAAUUUUCUACUUGGUGAGAAUGUUAGAUUAAUCUCUUUUGCCAGCCCAUCCUUAUCAGUUCUUCCUUUCAGUAUAGAAGUAUAUGCCCAGACCUGCCAGCGAGUCAACUCGAGAGUGGUAGACCAACCUAAUCCAGAUAUUUGGUUCCAGAUCCACUGCUGUACACAGAGACUGAGCCUGUUUGCAUUACAGGGGUCACCUGAUGCUCUCCAGGAGUGGAUACCACUGUCCCUGUGUCAGCUGACAGAGCUCAACAUUGGGAAUAACAUCUUAGAAGAAGUGCCAGAAGUAUUGAAAGAACUUAAAGCUCUAAAAAAAUUGCACUUAUUUGGAAAUAGAAUCCAAGAAAUACCUCCCAGUUUGUAUGAAAAUCUGACAAACUUAGCCAUGCUGAAUCUAAACAAUAAUAUGAUUCAAGUUAUUGCACCAGAAAUUGAAAGAUUAUCCAACCUUGAAUUCCUUGGUUUAAGAAAUAAUAAGAUAGAGAACAUUCCUGUUGAACUUUGCUCACUGAGCAAACUUUCUGAACUCCAUCUUACCAGUAACAAACUGACCACCAUUCCUCGGGAGCUGAGACUUUUAACAAACCUGACCCAGCUUCACUUAGCACGGAAUCAAAUCUCAGAAUUACCAGAGAGUUUAUACAAAUUAAGAAAAUUAAGAAUUCUAGAUGUGGCUGGGAAUCUGCUCAAAUUUUUUCCAGUUAAUUUUAAUGAACUGAUGCUUGAAGAGUUAUAUUGUGAAGACAAUCCUUUCCUUCAAAAAGAACCUGUUGAAUCAAUCCAACAAGAGGAAGUCCUAUCUCUUAAGGAGAUUGCUGCAAGGUUUGUUAUGAAGGAACUAAGAAACCGGCAGUCCUGCAUUCAAGAUUUAAUUGCACACUACCCACUGGUGAAAUCUCUGCUUUCUCAAGGAGGUCGAUGUGCUCUAUGUGGUCAAGGAUUUCUGAACAUUUGGCUUGAAUGUGUAAAGUUUGUGAAUCUGAAAAAGAAUUUUGUGGCUCUUAGUCGUAACCACGUCAUACCUGUCAGAGUGCUUCUUUGCUCUUACAACUGCUUUAACCAGCAGGGCCAUGGCUAUUAUGGAGUUGCAUUACUAUAGAAAGGAAAUGCUUUCUGUGUCUGGCAUUUAUGUGCUGCAGCUUGAUGACAAUCAGACCAAAGAUGUUUAAUGCACACUGGGUGUUCACAAGAGCCUUACUUUAUGAAACGGUUCAGGAUGUUUAAAGUUUCUAGUCCAGUCGUUAGUCUUGUUCCAGUCCAAUGCUGAUAGUUCCCAUGGAACAUUGUAAAGAUGCGCUGCAUCAAAAGUGAUGGGAUGGUAUGGUGAAUCAGAUAGGGUGGAGGAGAGAUGCAGCUAAACAUAAUCUGUACACAUAAAGGAAUGAUGCUGAUUGUCUGCCAUUUAUGCUUCUGAGAUACUGCAGCAGCCAAUGCAAAA